AUGUACCGGUUUGUGUAUGAAAUCGUUGAUUCCGUCUCCUCUAGGGGCAACUUGAGGGAAUACAAUCCGUAUUGGUUAGUUCCUGGAACUGAGAGAACAAUGGUCAGCUCAAUCGUACAGCACCUAGCAGACGCGAUGCACGACCUGGUGGCCAACCAAAGGUUGCGUGUUGUUUACAAGGCCUUUGCUAAGCAACUCAGAUCUGCACAGCGUCGCCCAGUCACAAUGAGGCUAUUGCCAUCUUACUCUUUGUCGACGGGCAAUGAUGAGACACCAAAGCAAGAUGCUAGCGUGAAGUCAAACAUAGCCAGUCGCAUUGUACAGCGCCCUCCAACUGACGUUACAAAGGGAGCCCAGAAGCCACAGUUCGCCCUGCUGCCGAGCCGGAUCGAGGAAUCUCGAGUGUUCUUUCAAAAGAAACUUUUGGACACGACACAACAGGACAUAUACGUCAUACGAUGUACACGACGAGCUCGAAGCGCCGUCGGACUUCUAACUGACGCCACUGGUGAGCAGAAAGAAUAG